AGAGAAGAACGUUCAUAGAUAUUCUAUGACUCUGUUGCAAAACCCUAGUGGCAGCGUAACUUCAGAUAUUCACUUAGUGAUUCUCACCUUACAAAAUAGAUUUCAAUCUCAAUGGCUUUCAUCAGGUCACGAACAUGGUUCAAAAUGUUUUGUUGGUUGCUGA